AUGCUCCCGGCGUUCGUCGUCUACCUCGUCGUCUUCUACGUCGUGUUCCGGCACGGGUUCGACGCGGAGUCGGAGCCGUUGUGGCAGAGCACGACGAACGUGGCGUACUUCAUCGUGUGCACCGUCCUCACGAUCGGCUACGGGGACGUGAGACCUUCGUCGACCGACGGCAAGAUCGUCACCAUCGCGUUCAUCCUCGCGGCGUGCGCGAUCGCCGCCGCGUGCGCGGGGUACUUCGCGGAGUACGUCCUCCGCCAUCAGAGCGAGAUGGCGAUGAAGUUGGAUCGCGCGAGGCGCGCGGAGAUCGAUACGCAGUUGCGAAAGUUGAAGACAAACGUGGAGCGAUCUCGGAGCGCUCGCGCCGGCGGCGGCGCCGGCGGGACGUCGCGAAAGCCCGCGCAACACGUCAUCGAGUUGAUCGACCCGAACGGCGGCUCGAGCGACUCGAGCGACGGGUACUCGUCGUUCAGCGGCUCCGAGGACGACGACGAUUCCUGUUUCGCGUGUCGCGACGUCGUCGAAAACGUCGCCGACGAGAUUAAGCGCGUCUGGAAGUACCUCAGAAACCAGCGUCUGAUCCUCGCCGCGCUCGUCCUCGCGGGCUUCGCGACGUUCGGCGCGCUCGUCAUGAACGCGAUCGAGGACGACUGGGGGUACGUCAACAGCGCGUACUGGGCGGUCGCGACGCUCACCGGAGUCGGCUACGGCGACUACGCGCCGACGGACAAAACCGGGCGGCUGUUCACGUGCGUUCCCGCACUGGUUCCCAUACGACCGCGUUCGCGUGGUGAACGCCGUUCCUUAAGGACUUUGCCCGGCGUCUCUCUCCGCCCAGGGUCCAUCGCUUUCAAACCCCGCCCUCGACGCCUUUCAACUCCAUCUGACGCCUUUCAACUCCACCCCGACGUCGCUUCGUAUGGAACAACCCUAAGGAUAUUCUACGCCGUCGCGGGCGUCGCGUUCGUCGCGUGGGCGCUGUGCGAGGUGUUUGAAGUCUACGCCUCCGCGGCGAUGCGCGCCAAGGCGAACGAGAGGUUGAACCGCGUCCAGUUGAGCCCGGCGGUGUUGAAAGCGAUGGGCGGCGCCAAAGGGUACGUCUCCGAGUUUGACUUCACGAAGGCGAUGCUCCUCGCGAUGACUCGCUCGACGAAGGAAGACUUCGAUUCGAUCGCCGCGCGGUACGAAGAGCUCGACGCGAACGGCGACGGGAGCUUAUCGUUCCGCGACAUCGACGGGAAGGAGGACGGCGCGCACGAGGAUCACGGCAUGACGUGGGGGGCGGGCGCGCCGGCGCCGGCGGCGGAGGCGACGGAUUGGAGGGAAAAGGUCGUCGGAGAGCCAGGGCAGCCGCGCGCGCGGUUGGCUCCCUCGGCGAGCCGCCGGGAGCGAUGACGCGCGACGCGACGGCGCGGUGCGGUAUCGGUAUCAGCGUCCGUGUGUAUCAUAGCCGGACUGUAUGUAAAAAGCAGGCACUUAGACAAGGUAUCAAAGACC